AAUCUGACAGCAGCAGCCAUUUUAGCCACACUGGACAUUGCUGCCGUUCUUUUUCCAUCAUGCAACAUUACGUGACGGACUAUAGCAGGUAUUUCACUCUAUAUUUAAACUUGGCAGUCAAGGAAUUAAAAGAUGACGACCACUUCUAAUCAGCGUGUGUUUGAGGUGAGGUUACCAUGGUGAUCCUGACUCGCCUGAGUGUAGAAGAAGACACACACGGCCGCUCUCCGUUGCUGCCGGAGGCUGCAGAAGCUGCUGCAACGACACACAAACCAGAGGCCACACAAGUGCAAUAUAAGCCCUUUUUCCUCAGCAGAAGCGAGAACCUUAGCGUCAGUGUGGUUCUUCUAGUGGGAUGCUACUCUGCUAUUCUUCUUCCAGCAUAUUUCCCCCUGCAGAAACACUCUGUCAUUGAUGAGCAGGAUCCCAAACACCUGGACUUGUUGAACCGCUCGGCCUUCCAGUUGUGUCGGCCCCACUGGUGUGUGGAGCGCCUGAAGUCUCUGCCCCGCUGCUCGGGCCUGAUGGACGUUCCAGUGUUUGUGCUGCGAGACGCUGGCUGGGACAUGCCUCCUCCUCUCGGGCUACGAGGGAGCAAAGAGCAUCUGGCUCAGGCUCUGGCCGCUCUGCCUCAGCCGGACCUACCACCGUCGCUGAGGAGGAGUGGGGGGCGCUGCAGGCGCUGUGUGGUUGUGGGCAGUGGAGGCGUCCUGCUUGGGAGCCAUCUUGGAUCUCACAUCGAUCAACACGAUGUUGUCAUCAGGAUGAACAACGCUCCAGUGCUGGGCUAUGAGAGAGACGCCGGUUCUCACACCACCAUCCGCGUGACGUACCCAGAGGGAGCGCCCAGCUCUGCCGACGACUACAACAAGACGGACAUUGUUGCUCUGGCGGUCUUUAAGAGUCUGGACCUGGACUGGCUUACUUCUAUCAUCACUAAACAACCUCUGAGCUUGUGGUCCAAGCUGUGGUUCUGGAAGGAGGUGGUGGACCACAUUCCCUUGAGACCAGAGAACUUCCGGAUCCUCCACCCAGAGAUCAUUCGCAAGACUGCGGAAGUCCUGCAGAGAUACUCUGCGAAACAAGGAAAGAUGGUGCCCACACUGGGUGCUGGUGCUGUGGUGAUGGCUCUGCAGCUGUGUGACCACGUCAGCCUGGCAGGCUUUGGCUACGACAUGCAGCAUCCCAACGCUCCGCUCCACUACUACGAGACCAUACCAAUGGCUGCCAUGAAGGCUCAGGUGGUGCAUGACGUCAGCGCUGAGAAGCUCUUCCUGAGGGAGCUGGUGGCUGCAGGAGCUGUGACCGACCUCACGGGAGCGCUGUGAUGGGGAUGGACGCCCUGACACUAACAUGAACUCAGUGUGCAGCCUCCUUCUUUCCAUCCUCUUCUUCUUCUUCUUCUUCUUGCCGUCAGCCCGUGGUGAUGCUGCUGUCCUACAUACUGACACCGUGCCCGUGCAGCUGCUGAGAAGCAGCGAGGCCGACCUUUACCACACAACAUCCUCGGGGUCUGCUGGAGAAGUUAGUGAGUUUGACUACAAAAGGUUAGACAAGCUUUUGAGAUAGAUUUGACAGGAAGUUACAUUAUCAGUCCAUAUAAGGUAUCUACAGCCGACUUUAUGUGUGGGAGUAAAUCUGUCAUACUGUACAUUUUACAACUGCAAAAUAAAAGAAACCGUUAGGACAUCCGGCGUCACCAGUUCAACAGCCCUCAUAAACACAUUAUAAUGGGACUGUUUGUGAAUGUAGCUUGUUGCUACAACUCUGUACAGUAGGUGGCAUCAUGUGUUAGAAUAAUUAUGUGUAAGUUAUCACACGACUCCUAUGCUUAAAGGCCGUUGCUAUGGUUAUUAUCAAUUGUGCUGAAGUUGUACUUUUCUAUCUGUGCAAAGCGAGUCGUCUCGUGUCAGUGUUUUCAGACCCUGAAUCGGCCCGCUGACUGCCAAGGGAACAUUGAGUACCGUGACGCAGACAAAGCAGAGACAGGGCGAUAUCACGAGUGUCAACACAUUGCAUUUCAUGAAUAGUCAUAUAUUGUGUCUAACUGGGGCUGUUGAGAUUACCCCCUUCCCUCAGCGACAGCCUCAGUGAUGUAACCAGGGACCUCCCAAAUAAAUAGAGCAAGCACAUGGGCAGGAUUUUAGAGCGCAGUUUGGAUCUGUAACUAGAGUACAGCCCAAUAACGUCUCUCCUCAUUGAGCAAAAUUUAA